UCACUUUCGAAGGUUUGGAAAACCCCGCAGGAAGAGACUUCCGCUUUCUCGGAAACUGAAAAUUCCCAAUUUUUCAACAAAGACUAAAUUUUUAUGUAAACAUUAAAUUUCCAGUAUAAAUAUGGAACGUUGUUUGAAGAAGAAUCAUGCGAAAUCCAUACUACGGUUGCAGUGCCAAAUUUAUUCUAUCUUUUGCUGGAAUUGAAAAAACAUAUCAUGAGGAGUUUCAGUGCUGUUAUGUUUCUCGUAGCUGUUUUAGUAACUAUUGUUUACUGUGAUGAACCUAAAAUAGGAAGGCCUCAAUUCAGCUUAGAUGCUGCAGGUGGUGGUAACAACAAGAAAAACUUCAAUGUUGGGUAUAAUGCAGGAUUGGGAACAAGAGUUUGGCAAAGUAAAAGAAAGGACAUGAGUUUGGAUGUCGGAGCAACUUACGGACGAGGUAUAGCUAGAGUAGAUGGCCACACCUUCAAAUCCAAGCCUCAAUAUGGACUUGGUGCCACUUUCAAAUUUGGCAAGAAAUGAGAAUUCAAAAUGACAAACAUACAUGAAGUCACGGAAAAGAAUAUUUAAGCAUAAGCGAAUGUAAAUAUUGUUUUUUCAUGUAAAUAAAAACUUUUCUUACUUUUCUAGA